GAUGCAUGACAGAUGCCAACGACAUAAUAGAUCUGUUAGAAAAAAUAGAUGUCAUGGUCUCUGAGAACAACUGCUGCAGUGAACGUGAAGAGCAGAGAGAACACCUGGACUGCAAAUGUGACAAGGAAAUACGGAUCAGACAUGAAGAGAGGGAGAAUCUGACUGAAAAUCUAAAGUGUGAGUCUUUGAAUGGACCUGGAGUUGCUGGACACUCCCAGCAGAAUGAUGGCAGCGCAGGGGGAGAAGGUGGACACAAGACUGUAUCAGCUGAAACUGAGGAGAAAGGUGCCUUCAAGGAUGUGAGUGGAAACAAGGAUAAGACUUUUAAUAUUUCUGAUGAGAGGAACAGUCAACGAUUUCAAGCAGAAAGUGAAACACUGCUCAGAAGACUCAACCUUCAACACAAACAACAGAAAAUGUCAUCAGCAGACUUUCUUAAAUUAGGCCCUCCUGUGAAACAGGGCCAUGACACAUCUGAGAAAGAUCUAGCUCAUACAUUUAUUCAGAGGUUGAUGAUGUUAGACUACAGAGCCAGACAUAUUCAGGUAAAACAAGACAAUCCUGGUGUGAGUUAUUCACAGUCUGUUCCAGUGUCUGACAGUGAAGACUUUGAUGAUUUAUUUAGUGACAGUGUAGACUCUGAUAACUCAAUACAAUCUCAUGUGCAUCCAAUGGAUGUUCAGAUGGCAGUAUUUCACUGUUCAGAUAACUUUCUGAAGCAGAACAUAAUUACAAAGCUAUCACAGUGUCAGUACGCCUUACCUUUGCUUGUCCCUGACUCAGUCACUAUGGAUACUGAAUGUCCUCUGUGGACAUUCAGGCAAAUAACAAAAACAUGGAAGAUAGCUAAAAUCAAAGAUAAUUCAAAUGUUGUCAACAUGAAGACAAUGCCCAUCUGCAAAGCCGAGACACCCAUGGUGUUUUUCUUUCGCUUGGGUUCACUGCCAGUGUCAAAAUCUCAGCUCAUGAACACUUUGAUCAAUGACCGUCACAGCACCUUCUUCCACAGGAACUGCCCAGGUAGCACCAAAUCUCGCCUGCUGAUGGAUGGUGUGGCAGAGAUUGCCUGGUACUGUCCAGCCGGAAAACCCAAUGACUCCUUCACAGACUGCACUGCCUUUUAUGAUCUUUCUUUGAUUCUUCAAAGCUAUGAUGAAAAGUGGACUGAGCUCUUGACUCUGAAAAAGAAACACGACAAAUCUGAUCUGUUAACAAGUAAACAAACUGAGCUUGAAGAAAUCUCCAAAACACUGCAGUCUGCAACCUUUGGCCUGGAACACAUCUUCAGAGAAAUGGGACAGAUCUAUGAAGCCCACAGAGAAAUACCAGCAGAGAGCAGAGCAGUAAAACCAAAACAUACAAACACUGAGUGGGUUAAAUACCCUGAACUGGCUGCAGAUCUGAUGAUUUCAGGAUACCCAGUGGAGCUGAUGGAUGGUGAUGCAGGUCAUGUGCCUCUAACAUGGAUCUCUGGUCUUUUAGAUGAAGUUAUCAAGAAACUAGGCGACCAGAGAGUUUUUGUGUUGUCAGUUUUGGGCGUACAAAGCAGUGGAAAAUCAACAAUGCUGAAUGCCAUGUUUGGAUUGCAGUUUGCAGUGAGUUCAGGCAGGUGCACCAAAGGUGCCUUCAUGCAGCUGGUCAAAGUGUCAGAGGAAAUCAAGAAAGACUUCCAGUUUGACUAUUUUCUAGUGGUGGACACUGAAGGACUUCGUGCUCUUGAGCUGGCAGGAAAUAGUACUCGUCAUCAUGACAAUGAAUUAGCAACAUUUGUUGUUGGUCUGGGAAACAUGACACUGAUCAACAUCUUUGGUGAGAAUCCAGCUGAGAUGCAGGAUGUCCUGCAGAUUGUUGUUCAGGCUUUCAUGAGGAUGAAGAAAGUUAAACUUUCUCCGAGUUGUGUGUUUGUUCACCAGAAUGUGACAGAUAUCGCAGCUGCUGAGAAAAACAUGGAUGGGAAAAGACGCCUGCAAGAAAAACUGGACCAGAUGGCUCAACUAGCUGCUAAAGAGGAAUCAUGUGAUGCUGAGUGUUUUGGUGAUAUCAUUUCCUUUGAUGUGCAAACAGAUGUGAAAUACUUUGCUCAGUUAUGGGAGGGAAGUCCACCGAUGGCUCCUCCAAAUCCAGGCUACAGUGAGAGCAUCCAAGAGCUGAAAAACAUCAUCCUGUCUAAAGCUAAACAAUUUGCUGGCGUAAAACUGUCCCAUUUCAAAAGCAAAAUUGAUAACUUGUGGAAAGCCCUGAUGAAUGAGCACUUUGUUUUCAGCUUCAAAAACACAUUGGAAAUUGCAGUUUACAGAAAACUUGAGGUUGAAUAUGGAAACUGGACCUGGGCCCUGAGGAGCAACAUGCUGACUAUUGAAAACCAGCUUCAUACCAGAAUUGAAAAUGAAGAACUUGACAAAAUUAAGCGUAGUGAUAUUUUUAAAGAAAUGAGCAAAACAUCUGAAAAAAUCAAGAAAGAUAUGUCAAAGUACUUUGAGGAUGACAAAGACAACGAAAUACUGGUUCAGUGGAGAGGCCAAUUUGAAAAUAAAAUAAAGGAGUUCCAAGAGGAACUGGUGAGAGGAGUGGAAAGAAAACUGGAUGAAGUUAUUCAGCAGAAGAAAGCUUGUAAAAAGCUGGAUGAUAAGAAGACAGACUUCGAGGACAAGCUGCUACAAAAGAGUGAAGAGCUCGCUCAUCAGUUAAAAGACAAAGCAAAAGAUGAAGAGAAACUUAAAAAACAGUUUGAUGGUGUUUGGAGUGACUUGGUGAGAGAAUUAACUACAAAUAUGCAACCCAUUAAGGACAUCAAUCUUGAAGAUGACCUGGCAAAUAUCCUUCAUAUCCUUGGUUUCGAAUGGGGUCUUAUAAUUGACUCUAAAAAGAGUAGCAAAUACAAAACAAUAUCCCAGGUCAGUGAUUACACUGAAUACGUAGUCCUUCGCAAGCACCAAAACACAAGAGGACAGGGGUUUGCCAGCCAAGUGUAUGAAAAACUAAAGUGUCACAUUAAAGGACUUCUUGAGCAUGGGGACCAGGGACUGAUCAUAUCACUAAUAACCAGUGUUGAAAACCAGUCUCUUCAUGAAAUUAUGAAGAAACCUGUAGCAACAAGAGGCUACAGUUCAGCUUACUUACAAGAAGUGGCCCAAAAUGUUCAGCGGACAGUGACAGAGUUUGAACAAAACAAGAAGUAUGCUUUCAAGAAGGAGUUCACAGUUGAUCUCCUACUGUAUGUAUUUGACAGGGCAGCGACUUGGCUUUCAGAGUCUCACAAAAUAUUCACAGUGAAAAAUGAUGCACACACUUACUUGGAGAGUAAAAAACCACAAUACUACAACAUUUUUAGAAGCUUCUGCAAAGGAAACUCAUCUGCUGUUGUGUUUGGAGAAAUGAUCUGUGAAAAACUGAGGGUUUCCAUUGUUGAAGCAGUCUGUAACAAGACUGCCAUUGAUCUCGCUGGAGAGAUGAAGUGCAGCUACCCAGCAUUCAGUGAGAACAGACUGAACUUAGAGAAACAUUUGUUGAAGUCACUUGCAGAGAAAGAGGACUUUGAUGCUUUCAUCACCUACAUCAGAAAUCCAAAGAAGCAAGUAGAAGCUUUUAUCAAAGCGAGAGUAAACACAUACAUGUCCGGAGAAUCAAAAGAUGCAGCAUUGGAUAUACUCAGGAAAAAUGUGGAUGACAUCAACAAACUUGUCAGUCAAGCUUUAUUUGAUGCAACAAAUCAAGUCACAACACAGAACGGAGACAUUUACAUGUGGGUUAAGGAGUUUUCCAGGUUCCUUAAAGAUAAACUGACCCUUGGUACCAUCUCUUGUCAAAACUUUGGGGACAUAAACAAUUUUGACUUUCUUAAAGAAGAGAUUGAGAAAGGUCUUAUAUCCAUCAAAGAGGAGAUGAAUCGGCUUUCCCUGGAUAAGAUAAAGGAAUUCAGACUGAGACCUGAUCAAAUCCUCAUUGAUCAGCUGUGUGACUGUUGCUGGGAAACCUGCCCGUUCUGUAGAGCUGUUUGUACCAACACUGUUAAAGAUCAUGUGAUUAAGGACAAAAUUGAUCACAGUUGCCCCUUUCAUCGAUCUAAAGCAGUCAAUGGUGUGCAUUACAGAAACACUACGGAAAUUAGUAUUAAUUUCUGCACAACAGAAGUUGCAAGUGAUAGAAGCUUUUACCCAGAUGGAGUUUCAGAAGAGCUUUUUCUUUAUAAAGAUUACAGAAAAGCUGGGCCGAGGUUUGCUAACUGGAGCAUUACUCCUGAUGAGUAUACAUCGAAGUACUGGAUAUGGUUUGUUUGCAAAUUUAAGAAGAGGCUAGAAGAGCACUAUGGUUUAAGUUUCACAGGACGUGGUGAGAUUCCCCCUAAAUGGACAGAAUUCACUAAAGAAGAGGCUAUUCAAAGUCUGGAUGAAAUGUACCGUACACGCUGAAUGAGUCAGCACAUUUUCAACUCUGCUGAAAAUCACAAAAGCUGUUCUCAGUUGAUUAUUCACAAAAUGGAUAAUGAUUACAUAUAAUAUUGAUUUAAACAUUUAAUGUGAAGAAUCAAUAAGUGAUUAAACUGGUAAAAAGAAAACUGCUUCAUAGACAUGAACACACAGGCAAGAAUAUUGGAACAAUAAUCAUUUUGAGAAUGCAGUGAGAAAUAUGUCAGUGUUAAUAUUAAAUCACUGUGUAAUCAACAAAGUUUGUGAUUAGGAAAUUUUUCUCAUGUAGGAAAAGCAGAAGAAUUUUUUUUAUUUAUUUUUGAAGAAAAACACAAAGAGCACCAAUGAAAUUAUUGUAUGUAAGGAUGGUUUAAAAUUGUAUUUAAUCAUAUCUGAAAUUUCUUAACUUUAGCUCAUGCAGAAUACACGAAUAGUGUUCUUCAUACCCUAUUUUUUUGAUAUUGUAUGGAAGUUAUAUUAGUUUGCUAACUGGCUUAUGUAAUUUGAAAUCACACCAAUAUUUUCUUGAGUGUUUCAGUACUGAAAAUCCUAUAUUCUCUAUAUCCUUGAAUGUUUUAUUAUUUGCAUUUUAAAUGGGUAUGAUUUUUUUUUAAAUUAACACGAACAGAGAGAUAUUAUAUGCUUCUGAUACAUUAAAGCUAUUUUUCUGCUGCUCCUGUGUCACAAGGGUUCACUGCACCAAAUAGCUCCUCAUGCUUGAUUUUGGUUGAGGUUUAAGCCAGAUGCCUUUCCUUGUGCAACCCUGAAAGGGUCUGUAGCUGGAAAUGAACCAACAACACUUUUGUUUGUCAAACAACUGUGUAGAUCACUACACAAUGGAAAUAUUUUCUCUCAAUUUAACAUAGCUGAACAUUACACUGAAAUUGAGAUUAUUUACCUGGUGGUACAUCCAUAAUAAAUGUGCACUGAGAAAAACUGAAGUGCCUCAGCAUCUGCCAGACUGACCCCACAGCCAGUGAUCUAUCUGUGCAGCAUCUAUCCAUUUUCUUAACUGCUGGUCUGAUUCAAGGUCGUGUGUUGCACCAUACAUACAGAAUAUUAGAAUAUUUGUUGGAAAGCAUACCUUUAAUGACAUGUUUUGGUAAAA